AUGCUGAAGUCGAUAAGAGGAAAGUUAUCCCUCUCGAUAAUUAGCGUCGUUUUUAGCGUGUUGGCCUUUUUGUCUCUGUUGUACACAGAAAGGAUCAGUUCAAGUUCGUUUUCAUCGGGCGACAUUUUCAGGUUCAAGCCUUGUGCUAAAAGAAAUGGGGCAAAUAAAUCUAUCAAAGAUAAAAGAGAUAUGAUCAAUGGGAGUGCAUUGGAUUUUGCAGCAGAUGAUCGGUUCACAUUUGAUCCAGACGAGUGUAGCCUUAAUAACGGGAAAUGGGUUUUCAACAGCUCGAUUAAACCUUCAUAUACGGACACAACAUGCCCGUAUUUGGACAGGCAGGUUUCGUGCGUUAAGAAUGGGAAAAACGACACUACUUACCAGCAAUGGGAAUGGAUGCCUAAUGACUGCAUUUUGCCAAGAUUUGAUCCGAUAAGAGCGUUAGAAAAAAUACGGGGGAAGAGGCUAAUGUUUGUAGGGGAUUCACUUCAAAGAGGACAGUGGCAAUCAUUCAUUUGCCUAGUCGAGUCCAUAAUACCGCGAAGGAAGAAAUCGAUGAAACGAGGUCGUGUACAUUCGGUCUUCAAAGUCAAGGAAUACAAUGCCACAAUCGAAUUCUAUUGGGCGCCAUUCCUAGUGGAGUCGAACUCGGAUGUGCGCAUAAUAGCCGACCCAAAGAAGCGGAUUUUGAAAGUGGACUCGGUUGCCAAGCACGCCAAACACUGGAUUGGAGUUGAUAUCCUCGUUUUCAACACCUACGUUUGGUGGAUGAGUGGACUCAAGAUCAAGUCACUAUGGGGUACAUUUGCAAAUGGAGAAGAAGGAUACGAAGAACUAGACGCGCCUGUAUCUUACAAAGUAGGACUUAAGACAUGGGCUAAUUGGGUAGACUCCAAUGUUAAUCCCAACAAAACAAGAGUGUUUUUUACUACCAUGUCUCCUACUCAUCAAAGGAGUGCUGAUUGGGGCAAUGAGAAAGGCAUAAAAUGUUUUAACGAGACAAAGCCGAUUACAAAGAAAUGGCAUUGGGGGACCGGUUCAGACAAGACCAUGAUGAAGGUAGUUGAAGGGGUCGUGUCUAGGAUGAAAGUGGUUGUCACGUUGCUAAACAUAACCCAACUGUCGGAAUAUAGAAUCGAUGCUCAUUCAUCGAUUUAUACUGAGAUGGGCGGCAACUUGCUAACGGACGAACAAAAGGAGGAUCCUCUGCAUUAUGCCGACUGCAUACAUUGGUGUCUGCCCGGAGUUCCCGAUACAUGGAAUCGGAUAUUUUACGCGCAUUUGUUGUAUCUGUAG